AUGAAGAGGGACAUUGUGAUCUGGAAAGCAGCCAUCACAGCCGUCGGAGCUGCUAUGGGCUACAGUGUCGACGAGCUUCUUGCAGGAGCUGCCCACGUUUUGCAGGCCACGAAUUCGGAAGGGCACGCUGCGAUAUCCGGAGGCAGACGAUCCACUGCACCCUCCACCCCCAACCCACGUGCAGGUGCGCGGCCAGGCGUUACAGACAGCCCCGGUUCCAAGGGCGAUCCGGAUGUCAGUGUUGCCCAUGGCGGUGCGGGCAUAGCCAGAGUCGAGCUAGGGGUGGUUCAUCCGAGUCCAUGCGCGCUGCCCGUGCCGGCCACACGUAUCUGGUCGCUGAAAGAGACUCCGGGAAGUGUGCCCAUCACGCACCAUGCACAGCAGUCGGUCGUCCAUGCAGGUGGGACAAAGCCAGUGGUGUUGGCUAUUCCGGCAAAGAGGAAACGCGACGACACUGCUCCGUCCGCGGGCGAUGCUGAGGGCGACGUGCACGCUUGCAAGGGGAAGGGUAAGGGACAGGGACGUAGUUCAAAGUACAAGGGUGUGCGUAAGGAGAAGCGUGGUAAGUGGAGCGCAAAGAUCUUAUUCCGGGAGAAGAAUAAGGCCAAGCGCACGCAGAUGAGGCUGGGUGCGUACAACAAGGAGCUGGAGGCUGCCACUGCGUACGCGGCCGCGGUGCACGUUGUCAAGGAAGGCAAACGUGUUUCGGGAACAGUGGAUCUGUCGGAAGAGGAGAAGGGUCUGCUGAAGGGGUGCACACUGGCAGAGUCGCAGGAUGACGAAGAGGAGGAUGUUGCUGGAUGCGCCUCACAGGAGGGGGAGGAGGAGAUAGAGUUGGAAGGGGACAGGAUGGGCGGUGCCUGCGCGAAGGAAGGGCAGGGCACUCCACAUGAACUCAACGAGGAUGCUGCUGAAGCGAUGGAUGGUGUGGCGGAACAGGGGAUACACACGGGGGUUGCUCUGGGUGAUGCCAUUGAUGGGGCGAUGUUUGAUGUAGACCCAGAGGCUGGUGCAUCGCAAGUCACGCCGAAUGCGGCGGUCGAGUCAAGCGUCGGCGCUGGCGAUGAGGAGGUCGGUAGCGAUGGCGGAGGUGAGGCUGCGCCGGUCCGUUCCAAAGCGGUUGCUUCAGUCUUGGUAGACGCGCCCGGUACGGUGAACGACAAGGCGGCCAAGGCACCGCCUCCCCCAGUGCCAGACAACCCUUUUGUGGCGAUGCCAUGCGCAUCUGCGCAGCAGCCAAGUGGAUCUCGACGGGAGGAGGCGUUUCCAAAUGACAACGUCGUCAUAAGCCGUGCCGAGCUCGAGGCGCUGAAGACGGCGAGAGACGACGGUGACCGUUGGAUUGCGCGCCUGGAGGCGCUGCUGCUGGCCGUACAGGAUCCGAGGCAGAGGGAUCAGAGGGAGGAGCGGACGGGCGAUGAUGCGCGGUCGCGCAAGCGCAGGCGGGUCGAAUCAGGCUCGGAGGACGCUACUUCCGCGGAUGAUGAUGAGGCGGAGGCGGAAGCACAGCCCGUGAGGGCACGCCGUUUGCGUAGGAGGCGCCACAUGACGGUGUCGAGCUCUCCCAUACUUCAGGAGGCGUUUGAUUUCAUGCCGGAGGGAAAGGCGUGGAAGGUGACGGACACGAUCCUGAACUGGGACAUGCGCAAGGGCCGCCUGUCAAACUCUGCUGGCGGCAACGCGCAGGUGGUGAACGGGCUCCACGAGGUGGCGGGUGCGGCAGUAGCGCAAGCGAUCCAAGACUUCAAGCCCAAGUACGAUGAUGAUGCGGCGGCGUGGGUCUGGGGGGAGCAUGGGCUGAUGCUGUCCUCGUGUGGCCUUGAGUACAUGAUUCCCGACCAGUAUGCGCAGAGGACGCCUGUUGUGGAGGAAGGUGCAUCGGUUUCUCGUGGUAGUGGCUGA